GACGAAGGCAGCAGGGGUCAGGGCAGGAAAUGGCAAAUUCUCAGAAUGAGACAAAGCUUUCCCAGGGUGGCUAUUGGUUCUCUGGAACUAUAAAGCACACUCAUCCAGAAACAGCCUCUGAAUUUUUUUUCCUGGAGGCAGCCAGAAGUGAAUGGGCAUGGAGAGCCCCGUGGCCUGGGAGCCUCAAGGUGCGGAUUCACUGCGUCGCUUCCAAGGGCUGUUGCUGGAUCGCCGCGGCCGGCUCCACGGUCAGGUGCUGCGCCUGCGAGAGGUGGCCCAGCGCCUGGAGCGCCUCCGCCGGCGAUCCCUGGCGGCCAAUGUAGCCGGCAGCUCACUGAGCGCCGCGGGCGCUGUCGCUGCCAUUGUGGGGCUUUCGCUCAGCCCUGUCACCCUGGGUGCCUCGCUUCUGGCGUCGGCUGUAGGACUAGGGGUGGCCACCGCUGGAGGGGCAGUCACCAUCACGUCCGACCUCUCCCUAAUCUUCUGCAACUCCCGGGAGGUACGGAGGGUGCAGGAGAUCGCGGCCACCUGCCAGGACCAGAUGCGUGAGAUCCUGAGUUGCCUGGAGUUCUUCUGCCGCUGGCAGGGCCGCGGGGACCGCCAGCUGCUGCAGAGCGGGAGGAACGCCUCCAUGGCCCUGUACAACUCUGUCUACUUCAUCGUCUUCUUUGGCUCACGUGGCUUCCUCAUCCCCAGGCGCGCGGAGGGGGCCACCAAGGUUAGCCAGGCGGUUCUGAGGGCCAAGAUUCAGAAACUGGCCGAGAGCCUGGAGUCCUGCACCGGGGCUCUGGACGAACUCAGUGAACAGCUGGAGUCCCGGGUCCAACUCUGCACCAAAUCCAACCGUGGCCACGACCUCAGGGUCUUUGCUGACCAGCCCGCAGGGUUGUUUUUCUGAGAACAUCCUUUCCCCCUAAUGACCUCGGCUAGAAACUACUCCCAUGGGAUGCCCCAGAAAAACACCACGUUGGCUUAAGAGCUGAGUGCAAAGGAUGAGAAAAUGGGUGGGUGUUCACAGCCCUUUUCCCAUCACUGACUUGCCGCCUGGGCUUGCAUAUGAGGGACUUCUCACUUGUGUGUUCUUAGUGGUGUAUGUGACCUGAGAACUCUUUUUUUCCUUUUUAAAGAACCUUUUAGACUUCACAUAGCUGGGCAGACACGCCUGGUGUUAGAUUUAGAGUUAUUCUGGGAUUAAGGAUGAAGGCAGGGACGGUUUGAGACUGGAGAGGGUGCCACCCUCUGGGUCCUCUCCAAAUCCCACUAGGCUUUGAGGUCCUCAAAAUAUCUAUAAGAGGAGACACUUGCUUUAAAACCUCUCUUCCGGAGUUUCUGAUAAAAAGAACUACAGAAUUCUGGUCAGGACCCAGAGAGGGCCUGGAGCUGACAUUCUUUCUUCUUCCUGCCCCACUCACAAAGUGUGGUCCCAGAACUGGCUCACACUGGUUCACCACCCAGGAACUUGCUGGGAUCACCCAGUAAAUUCUUGGACUCGAUCCUAGGUUUAAGGAAACAGAAACUCUGAAUGUGGGGCCCAGCAACUUGUGUUUAACAAGACCCGCAGACGAUUCUGAUGUACACUUAAGGCUUGAAAACCACCGCAACAAAUGUUAAUUUAUGGUCGCUUCGAUGAGACUCUCAAAGUCUCACGGCCUCUCUAGGGGCUCCGUGGUCUUCAGAGUCAGGCAAAGACAGUCCCAGAAGCAAGCAAACAAACAAAAAAAGAAUGUACAUGCGAGCAAGCGCGCUGGUCAACGCAUCCUGGGGCAAUUUCUCACCCAACUGAGGGAUGUAGCGCCAUAAGCCCGUAAGAGGGCAGUGUUGCCCAAUCAUUGUAGAAACUGGUACAGAAAGGAAUGUGAAUUUAUCAGAAACAGAUAUUUCCCUAUUCUCCAGACUACGUAUUUUUAUUUAUUUUAAGUUUGGUAUUUAAUUGCUGUUUAUUAUUUUCAUUUAAUCUUAUUUAAUCACUGAAUAGUACGUUUCUGAAUGGAAGACUACUGAGGCUUUUUUUAUUUUUUAAUUGAGGCUUUUUUUAAGAGAUGAAGUUGAGUUUGAUUUUCUAAGAAGUAUUUCUUAUUCAGAGGGAUGUUUUUCCUUUAAUGUUUUAAGUAAUUUUUAAAAAUAAGUGUGGGGAGUUCUGAACAGAGAGACCAGAACAUGAUUUUAAGCUUGUAAAUGGAGGCUUGAAUUAUGGGAUAUAUAAAUGAUGAAGCAUAUUUAUCCUGAAGGUACUUUGCCAGAAGAUAACACUUGACCUGGAAAAGAAUCUCUUUAGUUUAGGAAAUUAAAAAAAAAAUGCGAGGCAAGUGAAGAAAGUACUUAGUCCUUGGAAAUGUAAUGCCCUAGAAGUUAUGUCUUAGGGGAGAUAGACAAAAUAGUUUGUAUUACAGUGUUAUAGUGAUGUGUCACAUUUUAACUUUGGGGACUGUAAGAAACCUGUCAGUUAUGGCUAAGAAAAUACUUGUCAUUUCUUCAGUUUCCAUUCCAACAAUUAUAAUGUUGAAAAAUAAGUUGGAAAGUCAUCAGGGUCACAUACAAAAAAUUCCGCUGCAUUAUUCAAUUUGCUAUACAUUUAUCCAACCUAUGCCCCUCCUUCCCAAUGAUAAGAGUGUGUCUGAGGAAGUAUAAUUUUAGCACUAGGGGGAGGGUUUGUUUUCCCUCUAAAUUAUAAUUUGUGUCCUGGCUUAUUAUGAAAUUAAUAUUGGCUUCUUUUUAAACUUUUAAAAUAUUGUCAUUUCCCAGACUGCCUUGCAAAGAUGCUAACCCCAGAAUGUACUUCACAUUGCUGGUGUGUUAAAUCACAAAGGUAAGGGGCUGGGGCUGUAGCUCAGUGACAGAGCACUUUCCUGGCCUGUGUGAAGCCAGUGUCUGAACUGUUCCCUAGAAAAAAACUGGGCGAUUUUGAAAGCAGCAGCAAUAGUGGCAGUAAACUUUUUCUUAUCAUUUGGGUAUUUUUAGUAUGCCAAAGUCAUAAACUUCUGGAGUUAUUAUUCUAUUUUUGUGGCCCACUUUACAUCUAUGGAAGUGUAUCUGCUUUUGAACAAUAGUUACACAUAGUAGAAAUUCAAUAAAUACAUCUGAAUAAUUUAAUUAACUGGUUGUAUUAAUAGGAACUUAUUGAUAAUGAAAGAUCAUCUUAUUUGUCUGCUAUAAAGAUUGGAGCCUUUACCAGGGUUUAAUCAAAUUCAGUUAAAUUGAUCCUAGUGACAAAUAUUUCUUUCUUUCGUGGGAAUGUGAAUAAGGCUUUUCCUUAAGGUCUUCAUUCUAUAAACAGGUUGAAAUGGUAUGUCGUAAAGGGAAGAAGGGAAAUGGGUAUUUAGGAUUAUAAGUACUACACAAAAAUGUCAGGGUUUGAAAAUACAUGUGUUUGUACUAAAUGUUAAAAGUACUUUUCUUUUUGUUUCUUGGGUUUGCAAUCAUUUGGAUUAUUUUGUUUCACAAUAAAAGAGAUUCAUUUGGUUCUGCA